CGGCGAGAACAAAGCAGCCGUCAGACCGAGAAAUGGCAAGGAGUCGAACGAGACGAAAAGUCACCUGUUGUUCGAUUACAACCUUGGAAAAUGGAUGAGCGGCCGCAACGAAAAGCCAGUCCAACUUCCCAUGGACAAAACGUUGGUCGUGAAGGACACGUUCAAGCAAUAUUGCGAGCAGUGCACCAUACACGGCCUCAAGUACGUGGGCGAUACGUCGCUGCCCUACGUCGAGAGAGUUUUUUGGGUGCUGUCGUUCAUAAUUGCGAUAGCCGGUGCGGCUUACUUCAUCUGGCACCUGUACUCGAAGUUCGCCCUCACGCCGAUCAUCAUAUCUCGCAGCUCCGAAUCCGUGUCGAUCGAUCAGUUUCCCUUUCCGGCCGUGACCGUUUGCAACAUGAACAACGCCCGAAAAUCCGUUGCUGAGGAAAUUAGAAAGGGAAACGAUCCGUUGCAGCAGUUUUUUCUCGACGACAUCUGCGACACCAAGACCACGAGUCACGUGCCGGUGACGGAGGGCUCCGGCGACUGGGACAACAUCUACGCCUUUCUGCUGAGCGUCUCGCAGAACUGCUCGGAGAUGCUCUAUCACUGCAAGUGGCACGGCAACACGACCAACUGCACGGACAUUUUCAAUCCCGUACUGACGGACGAGGGCCUCUGCUGCCGAUUCAACUCGGUGCCGAGGCUGCUUCACGAUCCACGAGUUUGGGAAAAUUUGCAAAUUUCCUAUGCGUCGGAAAACCACAUCGAUUGGAAUCCUGAGUACAAGUUCACCGAUGCUGACCCGUCUAAUGCCAUACCCUGGAGAGCGUAUGGAAGUGGUUUGAAUUACGCCUUGUCGCUAACAAUGGAUGUCGAAGUUGACGAGUAUUAUUGCUCGUCAACGGCGAGUGUGGGAUUCAAGAUGCUUUUGCACAGUCCAGUGGAGACGCCUCAGAUGACUGAUUUUGCAUUCACCUUGUCACCGGGCAAGGAAACAAGAGUUAUUAUAACACCUCACAUCACCGAUGCUGAUAAAUCUAUCAUGAAAAUACCACCAAAGACAAGACAUUGCUACUUUCUUAGUGAGAAACAACUGCGAUACUACACAACUUACACUCAAAGAAAUUGUGUUCUAGAGUGCGAAGCUAAUUUUACUCUCAAGUAUUGCCAGUGCAUGCAGUAUUACAUGCCUGUUUCCAAUGAUACAAGAAUUUGUGGAAAACUGGAUGACGAAUGCGCUUCUACAGCUAGAAAAAUUAUGAAAACUAAAUUAUACGAGGAAGAUGAUCCAAGAUCAGUGUUUAAUGUUACAGAAGCACCUAGCUGUAAAUGUUAUCCUGGCUGUAAUGAAAUUAAUUAUAGCACAGAAAUUUCUCAGAGUAUGUUGAUGGCUACUUUUGAAAUUCCUGAAGAAUAUUUUAAAAAUGAUGGACCAUACUUUGAAAGAAACAUAGCUAUCGUUCAUAUUUUUUUUGUUGAUUCAUCGUAUAUGAAGUAUACUAAAAAUGAACUAUAUGGGUUUGCUGAGCUGUUGUCAAAUACAGGAGGACUUCUAGGUCUUUUCAUGGGUUUCAGUAUAUUAUCGGUAGUUGAAAUAUGUUAUUAUUGUACACUAAGACUGUGGCGGCGUAUUUGGGAUUAUAAAAUAACGAGAGAUAAAAAAAAUCAGUUAAUAGUAAAAAGUUUUACAAAAAAAAAUGGUGUAAUAUACCCGUUUGCUCAGUAA